UCUAAUAAGAAAUGCAUAUGUGCUCUAAUGUAAGGAUAAAUUCAUGUGUCGAAAUAUUUCUAUUUUCGUUGUACGUGAAUACGUACUCAAUAUAUCAAAAAUAUAGUAUUGAAAAUGAGCUUCAACAUGGACGAUUCACUAGUGACAGAUGCAGCUGCUAUUAGAGAGAAAUUUCUCACAACCGGUUGUCCGAAACUGGACGCGAUAUUGAAAGGCGGUAUACUUUGCCGAGGUAUCACGCAGAUUUACGGUGCUGCUAGCACUGGAAAAACGCAGUUGGCUUUGCAGUUGUGUCUCUCCGUCCAACUGCCAGUAACCGCAGGCGGUCUCGGAGCUGGUGCGAUAUACAUUUGCACAGAAACUGCUUUUCCAUCAAAACGGUUGCAACAAUUGUUGCAUAAUUCAGAAAUAGCUAAGGCUCAUUCUGUGAAUGGAGAUGUAAUAUUCGUGACCCAUAUAGCUACUAUUGACGAAUUAGAAGUAUGUCUGCAGCGUAAAGUUCCAGCACUGAUG